UGUCUUUUCUUCUGCAAUUCUGAUGUCUGCUAGCUGCUCCUAGUAAUGAAGCUCCUAUUUUACAGCCUUGCAGAUUUUUUUAACUCAUUCUAUUGAAGUUAUAUACGUUUUUGCUUCAAUCCUAAACUGAUUAAUAGAGGCUUAGGUCCCUAGCAUAUUCGUAAGACUUCUAGUUCCUUUCAACUGGAGAAAAAUAUGUAUUGUUUUAUACAUGAUGAUGCAGCUCACCAUCUGCAACCCCCUUUUUCAAAGCUCUAGAUCCACCCAUGAUAUUGGACACAAUUCCCAAUACAGAUAAAGCCUCCUUUCUCACCACAGCCCUGUGCCCAGGCUUGAACUCUCAGACACACCUUAUGCUAGCUCAGCCUAUGAGACAAAGCUAGGACAGGCUACAUCCAGUUCUUGAUCCAGGUCACAAGAAAAUGAAACUAAUGAUGUCACACACUGUGCAAAGUGCCAUGGCUGGAAGGAGUCUUGCAGGAAAAAUCCAAGAUGAACUACUUUGUUCCAUCUGCCUGGACUGUUUCGUAGUCCCUGUGACCAUCCACUGCGGGCACAAUUUUUGCCAAGCCUGCAUCAGUCAAUUCUGGGCGGAAUCAGAUGCAAACUUCUCCUGCCCUGAGUGCAGAAGAACUGCCCAACAGGAAAGCUUCAUGCCCAACAAGACCCUGGAACGAAUGACAGAGUUAGCCCAGCAGCUGUAUUCCAAGGAAGCAAAAGGAGCAGCAGGAGGGAAGAGGGUGUGUGAGAAACACAAGGAGGCCCUGAAACUCUUCUGUGAAGAUCAUCAAGCAGCCAUCUGUGUGGUCUGCAAAGAGUCCCGGGAUCAUCAAGGUCACACUAUGAUUCCUGCAGAGGAGGCUGCCCAGGAAUACAAGGAACAAAUCCAAGCCCAACUGCAGCCUCUGAUGGAAGAGAGAGAGAAGCUCCUGCAGUUUAAAUUGAUUGGAGCAAAGAGUACCCAGGUGUAUGUGGCAAAAGCAGAAGGCAAGAGGCAGGCGAUGGCUUCUGAAUUUGCACAACUGUACCAAAUCCUAACAGAACGAGAACAACUCUAUCUGGCCCAGAUGUAUGAGCUGGAAAAUGAGAUUUUGAAUAUGCAGGAGGAAAAUGACACCCAACUUGCCAAGGAUAUUUCCUGUCUCAACACCCUGAUCAAGGAGAUGGAGGGGAAGUGCCAGCAGACAGCAAGUGAAUUCUUGCAGGAUAUUGAGAGGACCUUGAAUAGGUGGAAGGAGUGGAAGUUCCAGCAGCACGUGGAUAUUGCUCUUGCGCUGGAAAAGCGAGUCUAUGAAUUCUCCCCAAAUUUUUCUGUUGUAAAGGCAACUCUGAGGAACAUCCAAGCCCAACCCCAUCUGCCCCAACUACCCAGUCCUACCUGCUGGGAGCAGGGAGAUGAAGCAGGGGAGGAGGCAGAGAGCAAGAACAUCCCUGUCCAGCUCCAGCAAAGAGGCAGCUCCCUUGGAUCCAGCCCUGAGAUGGAGGAGAUCAGGGAGGGUCCCAGCCAGACUGGGGCUGUUGGGGAGGGUGAGGACCGGCCCCAGCCUUUCCCAGGCCUGAGCUCUGCCUUGGAUGCAUUGGUUUUCUCUUCUUCUUUAGCGAAGGUGACUCUGGAUCCAGCUACGGCUCAUCCCCAACUCAUCCUGUCUGAGAAUCGGAAAAGCGUGAGCUGGGGAAAAGCAUGGCAGCUUCUGCCCAAGAAUCCUGAGAGAUUUGAUACUGUUGACUGCGUGCUGGGCUGCGAGGGAUUCGCCUCAGGGAAACAUUUCUGGGAAGUGGAGGUGGGGGACAAGGGAGCCUGGGCUGUGGGGGUUGCCAGAGGGUCUGUGAAGAGGAAGGGACACCUCAGCCCUAACCCCGAGGGAGGGAUCUGGGCUGUGGAGCGGUGGUGGAGGGGUGAGUACAUUGCUCUCACCUCCCCUGAUUGGACACCCCUGUUCCUGGGGUCAGCCCCCAGAAGGGUCCAGGUGUAUCUGAAUUAUGAAUGGGGUCAGGUAACAUUUACUGAUGCUGAUACGAAUGCCCUGAUCUUCACUUUCCCACUGGCUUCAUUCACAGGGGAGAAAGUAUACCCCUGGUUCCGGGUUGGGGAGGGAACCCAGCUCAGCCUGUGCUCCUGAAAUAUGAAGAAACCUUGUCCAUUUUUACUCCCAAAAUGAGCUUUAUUUAGCAUUUUCAUCCAGGUCUCUCUGCACCUAGAGGACUCCCAUCUAUCACUCAAUCAGUCAAUAAACUUUGUUUAACUUCUGGUUUCAGUUAAGCUAAUAAUGAAUCUAAUAAUGGAUAAUGUGGAGAAUUCUGAAACAUUUAAUGCCUUUCUUCACUUGAGUCUUCGCAAAAAAAAAAAAUCAACCGUCAGAGGACAAGCAUGGUUAGCAGCAAGAACAGGGAUGGAAACAAUCAGCUUAGAGAUGGGAAACGGCAGGUUACGCAUUACUUGAAAGAGCUGGCUGUUUUUAAGUCCACAGAGCUGAACAAGAUUCAUGCUACAGUUUUGGAUGGAGCUUAGUUGCAGUGCCACUGGCUGUUCUCUUUGACAACUCGUGCAUGCCAGGUGAGGUCCAGAUGACUAGAAAAUGGCAAAUAUAGUGCCCAACUUUGAAAAAAAGGAAUAAACAAAAGGGAAUUUACAGUCUAGUCAGUAUAACUUUGAUAUCAGGAAAGAAUCUGAAGCAUACGGUCAAGCAAUCUCUUUUUAAGCAACUUUAAGAUAUAACAAGGUGAUCAAGAACAGCCAACAUGUAUUUGUCAAGUCAUACCUGACCAAUUUUAUCUCCUUCUACCAAAAGGUGACAGGUUUUGUGUAUGGGAGGGAGAGCAGUGGAUGUGAUAAACCUUGACUUCAGCAAGACUUUUAACACUAUCUCCCAUGAUAUUAUUAUUAGGAAGUUUAGGCAAAUCCAGUCCAGAAGAAUGUACUGUAACAUAGAUAUGUAACUUGGUUGGAUCAUUGUGCCCAAAGAGUAGUCAUCAACGUGUCAUUGAUAAACUAGGAAGAUGUGUUAGGUAGGAUUACACAGAGGAACAUGGCAUAUAAGAAAAGAUUGGAAGAACUGGGAGUAUUUAGGCUGGAAAAAAGAUGAUUGAGCGGGGAUUUGAUAACAGUCUUCAAAUAAAUGAAAGCUAGUUAUAAAGAGGAUGGGGACUGACUAGCCUUUGUAGCCUCAGAGAAGAGGACAAAAAGAAAUUAUGGAUGGCUAUGAGGAAUAAUUUUCUAAUUGUGAAAGUGGCUAAGCAGGUGAGCAGAUUACCAAGAAAGUCUGUAAAACUUCCAUCCUUGGAAGUUUUUAAGACCAGGUUAGACAACGCUUGGCUGAGAUGAUUUGGAAAGACUGGGUUUGAUUAAAUGACCUCCUGAGGUCCAUUCCAGUUUGAUUUCCCCCACCCCUAUGGUUCUGUUACCCCAAAAGCUAAAUUAUAUCCUGGGUUAAUUUGGUAUGCUCUUACACCACAGGGGGUAGGAGAGGAUGGGCUAGACAUUGAGACUUGCCUAAUGGUCUGGACUUUGCUCCUCUUCUCUGAUCCCAGGGAACUGCAGCUUUGCUGUGUAAAAGAAUAAGAAAGUGGGGUAAAGGGGAGACCUGAGAGGGAAGAUUGGGGGUGGAAAGGGCAAGUUAAAAGAGUAAAGGAAGGAGGGACUGGAACAGGAAUGGGGCUGCUACUGACUGUUCUUGGAUCUGCUUGUGCAAAUGAACAUUUUAGAUACUUAUGAGUUGAAUGCAGUGGUUCCUGAAAAGUGGAACAUAUUUUGACUCUUGUUAUUACAAUAACUGAAUAAUUAAACCUAC